AUGUCUUCUUAUCAAUCACCUCCCUUGCAGCGACAACAAACACCUCGUAACCCUGUUGAUCACGCCUACACCAACUCCUACAGCGGCCGCUUCCCCAGCCAGAAUUUCCCACCUCAAUCGCCCACAAAUGAAGCGGGUUCGUCAUCGAGUAAUCCGUUCGGAGACGGCAGAGCGAGCUCGCGAUCACGAAGCAGCACCAUCGGCCAAAACUACCCCAUCCCCGCGCAGCCUCCGAUGCCCAACUCUCCGCCUCAGAACGUCCAGCCUCUGUUCGCUCAGCACAGCGGCGGCGGCCAACAGUCUUCCCGCCCAGUCUCGCGCUCCGCCGCGUCCGCGUCCGCUUCCAUCUCCGGCCCCGGAGGCUCCAGUGUCGCCAUGAUGCAGGGUGCUCUAGGCGGUCCGAACGGUGGUGUCGGCCCCAGCGCGCGGACGACAGCAUCUAACAGAUCACCUUUCUCCACGCCUGUCACGUCGCUGUCGCGUCAACGGCCGCACCAGAUCCUGCUGAUCAAUCCCAACUCAACGCGCUCCAUCACCGAAGCAUGUCUCAACUCGAUCCGGCCCGUCAUCCCCAUGGGUGUCGAGGUGACGGGGUACACGGCACCCUACCCGGCACCUACGGCCAUCGAAUCGGCCACCGACGCCAUCAUGUCGACGGAGGCAGUGCUGCGCGACUUGGCGAAGCACGCGGCAUCGAAUGGCGAGACGGUGCAGAAUUUCGACGGGAUGAUUGUGGCCUGUUUCUCCAAGCAUCCGUUGAUCGACGCCCUGCGCGAGUCGUACGAUGUCCCGAUCAUCGGCAUCAUGGAGGCCAGCCUGUACGUGGCACGCAUGUUGGGCGGGCGGUUCGGCAUCGUGGCCACUGGACAGCGCUCCAAGAUCAUGCAGGACGACCAGGUGGCCGGGUACGGUCUGUCACACUUUUACGUCGGCAGCGAGUCGACGCAUUUGGGCGUGUUGGAGCUGGAGGCGCGUUCCCGCGACGAGGUGGCCAAACGGAUCGCCCACGCGUCUCGCACGCUCGUGGUCAAGGGCGCCGACACCAUUCUGCUGGGAUGUGCCGGCAUGACGGACAUGACGCGGGCGGUCAAGGACGCGGUGAGGGAGGAGGAUGGUCGACGCACCGUCAAUGUCAUUGACUCGGUGGAGGCUGGGGUCAUGAUGAUGGCGGGGCUGAUCAACAUGGGCAUUCCCACGAGCAAGAAGGGGCUAUAUAAGGGCGAGAAGGAGGGGAGGCGGACUCGGGGGCAGAACUGGUUGUGA